ACCCGUGACCAUUGAAUGCCCUAUGUCUAUUCAGCUUACUGGUUCUGUGAGUGUCUAGUGGAGUCCAUUGUUAUGUUAUUACAGUUCUUUGUGUCGCCCCCCCACAGCAGCUGCAUUUGAGCAUCUGAACGCCAACCAUCCAUGAGAAAGUACAGUUGCAGCUGAUGUGAGUGGGUGACAAAUUCUGUAACACGACGAGCAGCAACUGAGUGAUACCGUCGCGUCGUUGAUAAUAUCAAAGCUGAAGAUACAGUUGUUUCCUAAUACAUUAUGUUCCGCCGUUCGAUUAUGCACUGUUGACUCACACGUGAAUGUCGCAUUAUUGGUCGGAAGCGGCGCCCCGAAGACACGCGGAAAGUCGCCAGCAUAUCUCGAAUGGUUAUGACGUAGGGGCGUUAACGUUUUCUUUCUGGGACUCUAGGCGGGCGUAUCCACGCAUGCUAUUUCGGACAGUACUGUCUAAAUCGGCUCGCAGGAAACAAUGCCCCACAAUAGGGGGUCUCAAUGGUCACAGGGGUCCAUAGAUCCCAGUGCUAUGGAGGAAGACGGUGAAAACUACGACGACGAUUGUGAGGUCUGCUGCGAAAAACGCGUCAUCGUGGGCAUCUGCGCCAUGGCAAAAAAGUCGCAAUCGAAGCCAAUGCGAGAGAUUCUCACUAGGCUUAGCGAGUUUGAGUAUAUAGAGACGCUUGUGUUUCCCGAGGAGGUGAUCCUGAACCAACCAGUUGAAGAAUGGCCAUUAUGCGACUGUCUCAUCUCGUUUCACUCGAAAGGUCAGUCGGGAUUUCCGUUAUCGAAGGCUAUUAAGUACGCUGAACUGCGUAAACCGUUCACGAUUAAUGAUCUCUACUUUCAAUACGACAUUCAGGAUCGCCGAAGAGUCUACAAAAUUCUGGAAGAUGCCCGCAUCGAAUUACCUCGAUAUGCCGUUCUCAAUCGAGAACACCAGGACGAGAUGCUGGAGUCCGAAGAUCACGUUGAGGUAGGGGGUGUCGUAUUUAAUAAGCCAUUCGUCGAAAAACCCGUAUCUGCUGAGGACCACAAUAUUUACAUUUAUUACCCGACAUCAGCCGGUGGCGGAUCUCAGCGACUGUUCAGAAAAAUUGGUUCCCGUUCGAGUGUCUAUUCACCCGAAAGUCGAGUGAGAAAAUCGGGGUCUUUUAUCUAUGAGGAGUUCAUGCCGACUGAUGGAACAGAUGUCAAAGUAUACACGGUGGGUCCUGACUAUGCGCACGCGGAGGCUCGAAAAAGUCCAGCCCUCGAUGGAAAGGUCGAACGUGAUAAAGAGGGCAAGGAGGUCCGUUAUCCUGUAAUCUUGACAAACGAUGAAAAAUUAAUCGCUAGAAAGGUGUGCCUUGCCUUUAAACAGACAGUUUGUGGAUUUGAUCUUCUACGAGCCAAUGGCAAGUCUUACGUAUGUGAUGUCAACGGAUUUUCAUUCGUGAAGAACUCUAUGAAAUACUAUGACGACUGCUCAAAAAUUCUGGGUAACAUGAUAUUGCGGGAAUUGGCUCCGCAACUACACAUCCCAUGGUCCAUGCCGUUUCAGCUGGACGACCCUCCAAUCGUGCCGACGACAUUUGGCAAAAUGAUGGAGUUGCGAUGCGUUAUUGGUGUUAUCCGACAUGGAGAUCGAACACCAAAGCAGAAGAUGAAAAUGGAAGUGAAGAACCACAAAUUUUUUCAAUUGUUCGAAAAGCAUGGAGGCUACAAGGAUGGUCAUAUCAAACUGAAGAAACCGAAACAGCUGCAAGAGAUAUUAGAUAUAGCGCGAGAGUUGUUAGCACAUAAGGAUAACGAUAGCGAAGUCGAGGAAAACCGCUCGAAGUUGGAGCAAUUGAAGUCAGUAUUGGAAAUGUACGGGCACUUCUCUGGCAUCAAUCGCAAGGUCCAGCUGAAAUACCAGCCCAAAGGCCGACCUAGAAAUUCUAGUUCAGAUGACAGCGAAACCCCACGCCAGCCUUCAUUGGUACUCAUUCUUAAAUGGGGCGGUGAGUUAACGCCGGCAGGUCGGGUUCAAGCGGAAGAACUUGGCCGAGUUUUUCGGUGCAUGUACCCUGGCGGAGGGGGCGAUUAUUCGGGUAGUCAAGGCCUCGGCCUGUUGAGAUUACACUCAACUUUCCGGCACGACCUCAAAAUUUAUGCGUCUGAUGAAGGGCGUGUAUCAAUGACAGCAGCGGCCUUUGCCAAAGGCCUUCUUGCUCUAGAAGGUGAGCUCACACCCAUUCUCGUUCAGAUGGUGAAAAGUGCAAACACAAACGGGCUUCUAGAUAACGACUGCGACGCAGGGAAGUUUCAGAAUAUGGUGAAGCAGCGUCUGCAUGACACGAUGCAGGUGGACCGGGAAUUUACAGAAGAAGACGUCGAGCGGUUAAAUCCUACGAAUGCUGCUAGUAUCGAACAGGCGAUGCGGUUCAUCAAAAACCCCCUCCGGGCAUGUGAACACGUGUUCGAACUCAUUCAGGAAUUGACGAAUGUGAUUAAAAAGAAAAAGGAUGACGAUAAAGGCACGUUAUACCACGGAGAGUCAUGGGACCUAAUGCAACGACGAUGGGCAAAGCUUGAGAAAGACUUCAAGAUUAAACCCGACAAAUUUGACAUCUCAAAAAUUCCUGAUGUUUACGACUGUAUCAAGUAUGAUCUUCAACACAAUCAGCAUACGUUGCAAUUUCAACACGCCGAAGAGCUCUAUAUGUACGCCAAAGCUCUAGCCGACAUUGUUAUUCCACAGGAAUACGGCAUAAGUCGGCAAGAAAAACUAGCUAUUGGCUUAGGAGUAUGCGCACCGUUACUCAAGAAAAUCCGCGCUGAUCUACAUCGAAACACGGAUUUGGGAGGUGAGGGCGGCGAAGGAAGUGAGGGCAAUCCCACCCAGGCUGAGAGUGAAAACCGACUAAACCCACAGUAUUCGCAUGGGGUAUCCUCACCCGGACGACACGUCCGCACCCGGUUGUAUUUUACUUCAGAGUCACACAUUCAUAGUUUAUUGACGGUUCUUCGGUAUGGCGGCCUGGUGGACAGUGGGCGGGACGAACAAUGGCGCCGCGCACUCUCGUACGUCUCUGAGGUGUCGGAGUUGAAUUAUAUGACCCAGAUAGUCAUUAUGUUGUACGAAGACGAGACUAAAGAUGUGUUGUCGGAGGAACGUUUUCACGUCGAGCUGCAUUUCUCGCCAGGUGCAAUGUGUUGUGUACAAAAAAAUCCACCGCCGGGACCCGGCUUCCGCCCUCAAAGUCAGUCCGAGCGAUCAUCGUCUCCGAUCAACGGCGAUUCUUCGCCUUCACCUGAAGGGUCACAGAUCAACUUGGCGGCUUCGGGAAGUUCCGGAGUAAAUGGCUCUAGCGGACAGUCUGACAUUCCAGGCAAGCAUGAUUCCAACGCUACCCUUACUGCAGCUACACCUCAAAGCAGGUCGUCGCAAGAUCUCCAAAAAACCGAUCUCAGCCAAGUUGCUCUUCCCAUUUCUCCUGGUAGCACCCCUAAACGCCUACCUUUCACAAUGCCUCGUGCUGCUCGUGCCGGUGCAAUUAGCACAGCAUCAGCGGCUAGCAUAUGCACAUCUACUACUUCUGCCAUAGUCUGCACAAGUUGUCAAAACAAUUCUCCUCCAAGCGCGGCCUGCACCUCGCCUUCGUCUGCCGCAUUCCCACCCACCUCCCGUCCACCUUCUGGUAUCCAGGUGCUUCACUCGCCCCUGGCUAACGCCGUUGGUAGCUCCCCGACUAGCCGUCCGUUAUUGACUAACAUAGUUCCGCCCGUUGACUCUUCCGUGCAUUACUCCGGCUUGUCGGCAUGUUCCGCCGAUGGCACCGCUACCACCUUAAUCAUCACCAAAACUGCUACAACGAUUGCCGUCAACCCAACGACCCAUAUGGCCAACGGUCGCCGGAUGCGUCGUUGUCGUCGGAUCUCGUGCGGCACUUCUCGGGAUCCGCUCUACACCAUACGACCCUCACCUUCGUCUGCACCGAUCGCAUUAUCUGCAACAUCUUUACCGACCACGAUACCAUCAUCUUUUUUGAACGUAACGUCGCGUCGGAAAACAAUUCGCAAUGCGACAUCAACGUCGCUAUAUUCACAUGCCACGCUUGGUCGUUACUGUUGUAGAUGUCUGUCGCCUCCAUCACCCGAGAGCCAGCUAACCGAAACAGAGGAUGAUGACGAAAUGCCCGGGGGCUACAACCCAUACCACACGGUGAGUGGGUACCCGAUGGGCGUGUCACCAUUUGGCCCCCUGGUCCUUAGCGGCCUAGAGUCGGAGUCGACAGGAUCAAACGGCCCUCCGCAACAGCACUACAGCUCGCCCUCGGCUUUUCUUAGCGCGUUUCGACGGACCAAUACCAUUAACAAUGCAAAUAUUGGUAACAACGGCAACGCUAGCAAUUCAGCUGGCACACGGCCACGUCCCUUGUUCAACGUCAAGCCGGUAUACUCAGCUGCCGGUAAGCUUUUUAGCACAGCUGUUAUCUCGGGUUCGAGUUCGGCACCCGACCUUCGGGCGGCUCUACUUCCGGGCACAGCAGAGGGACCACUUCGAGUACCUUCGAUUCGCCCGCUUGAAACACUACACAACGCACUCAGCCUUUACCAGCUUGACGUCUUUCUGUCGAAGGUGACUUCAAGCACAUAUCGAACUAUCCUGAUGUCAUCGCAGGCUGCCGUUAGCUCGUCAGGCGGGAGCGGCUCAGGUGUAAAAGGCAGCGGUACCGCAGUAGGUGUAGGCGGUAGCUCCGGUAACAGUACAUUGCCACCUGUGUCCCCCUCAACAUCGUGGCCAGCCUGGCCUCUCGGUUCAGGUCCACCUUCAUUUGUCUCCUCUUCCGGACCCUCAACCCCGACAUCAUCCAUGCUCGACAUCUGGAUGCGUCUAAAACAGAUCACCGAUUCAACCCAGCCAACUCCAAGUAGUACAGGUGGUGCUAGCAGCGUAGUAACGGGUCCUGAUUCACUUCCAUCGAGUAGAAAUUCUUAUUCAACACCUCCAUCGCCGCAUGAAAACCGACAUAAAGGAACCACAACACCUGCGGCGCAUUCGACCUCUUCAGUGCCCUCAGGACCUUUUGGAAGUGGCCCUGUUAUUAGCGAUACUCACAGUGAGACUGAAGAGUUCCCGGCAGAAAGUGGACCGUAGCCAUGAAAGAGUAGCGACAGUAGUUGAUGCAAAGGGCUAACGUCAAUUCGCUGCAAUAAAGAAACGAGCUUAACUUUAUCUAACGGCACGUAUAGGCACAUAUUAUAUUAACGACAAAGCUAACCAUAGUAAAUCAACAUGCCUUUGUGCCUGGACAGAAAUUUUUCAAAAUAACGUCGAAACCGUACGGAUAUUAUCACAUCAAUACACCCAACUAAUGUGGUUGCAAUAGUAGAUCAACUAGUUAUGUAAGUAAACUAGCAGAGUGUCGCAGUUCGUUUGUAACACAAUAUGUUAGUUGUAGGUGAUGAAGUUUUACGCGAACUAUUCAAAAAGAAAUUGAAACUUGCUAUGGGUCGGAGAAAGGAAAUUCAUAGCUCCUAUGCAUGGAUUGUAAAUAUGCUUAUUUUUUAGAUAGGCAACAACUCUCUGCUCAUUCCUCGUGCAUGAUAACAUGUCGGAGCCGGAUGACAAACUUACCAGGCAAUGAUCUCUGUCCAAACAAGAUUUUCAUAACUCUGUAAGAUAUAGCAUCCCAUGAGACAAAUAGACAUUAGAUCUUUGUUGUGAACGUGGAAUUUUUUACUUUUUCAGCUAUUUUUUAAAUUACGUUUCAAGAUCCAAUUGUACCGCAAAUAUUAUAUCAAUUAUAAGUAUUAAUAUAGAUAGUGUAGUUAGGAGAGCUAAAAAUUCCGAUAUUGAGCGCGCGGGAUCCUUCUAAUUAAUUCAUUUAAAUGUUAUCUAAUUUACGGAACAAAAAACAUCUCUAUUCUAUCGUGGGACCAUCCAAAGAAUACAGCAAAAAGAACUAUGACGCUAUGAGAACAAUGCGUUUUAGUUGAUCCUAGAACAAUUGUUAAAUUUUAGUUCUACUGAUUUCAUAUUUUUUGGACGGAACAUUAACGGUUCGCUUUAGUUUAUUUAUUUUACAAGGUACAUGUUGAUGCUUUUGCGAAAAAGUGUGAGCGUUGUAAGGUCGAGGCUUAAAGUAAACAGCCCGUAUGUAAAUCUAGUGUAUAUAGUAGUGAUAAAAAAAUAAUUUAGAUUAUGAAAUUAUAGCGUAUUUUUAUUCCAACAUCGAAGCUUGUAAUAUAUAUGUUCUUUUCCCGUUCUUUAAACCUCGGCAUAACGCAUUAUGCUACAGCCUUCCCAAGGCUUACUAAUAAUUAUAUUAUAUAUAAAUAUAUUAUAUAUAUAUCACAAUAUGUACACGACCAACCUAACAGAAUUGGGUUGGCGUAUUCAACAUAAAUAAAGAAGGGGUAGACAUUUGCCCACUAUUUUUUGUCAUCGCCAUUUUCUUGCCUGCAACGAUAGUGUACGUUUAUUGAAAAUGCAUGAAUCCAAAAAUUACUACAUAAAGCAGAUUUUGUACGUUAGAUCUUAGCUUAGGAUCUAUGCUCUUUGUGCGAAAAGCGAAAAAAAAAAUCGUCCUUCUAUGUUUGAAAGCUUUUCGCAUAGAGGGCGGAGAUAGUAUUAGUUCAUUUACGGUAACACAUGGUAAAUCAUCUUCAGGCCGCCAUCGUUGACUUAAAAUCUGUGACUCGCUUUGUA